GCGGCUUCUUAGGCGGCGGCAGCUGCUGCCCUGUGCCGGAGCAGCCAUGCCGGGCCCGCUGAAGGAGGAGACGGCGCUGCUGCUGGCCGACUACUUCCAGCACCGGCUGGGCGGCACGGCGCUGCCGCCCAGCCCCGCGGCCGAGGCGCUGCGGCGGGCGGCGGGCGAGCUGGAGAGCCGCGAGCAGCCCUUCUUCCGCUCGUGCCGCCCGCUGGCCCGGGCCGAGCCGCGGGAGGCGGCGGCGCUGCUGGCGCGGGUGGCGGCGCAGCUGGAGGCGGACGGCGGCCUCAACUGGGGCCGGGUGCUGGCGCUCGUGGUGUUCGCGGGCAGCCUGGCGGCGGCGCUGGCCGAGCGCGGCGAGGACCCGGCCCGCCUGGCCGACGUGCUGGCCGCCUACCUGGCCGAGGAGCAGCGCGAGUGGCUGGAGGCGCACGGCGGAUGGGAUGGCUUCUAUCACUUCUUCAACAGACAUGGCUCUCAACCAGCUGACCAGAGCAAUACCAUAAGCACCAUAAUGGCAGCAGCAGGGUUUGGACUAGCAGGAUUAGCUUUUCUUUUGGCAGUGCGAUAGACUGAUUUGAUGGAUUUAAAAAAAAAAAAAAAUUUUCUUCAAUGGAAAAGGACUCUUAAACUGACAGUUUACCAGAUUCCCCUCUAUUUUGUAUAAAACAGGCUGUUGAAGAAGUUUAUAUUUUUAAAAUGGCUUGUUGUCUUAAGAGAUCUUGAAUACAGACUGCCUCACUCUGCCGAGCAGCACAGCACAAACACACACCACCCUGUACAUGCCUACAGUGCUUAAUGGCUCCAAACAUCUUCUGGACCUGUGUGUUUGAAAGGUGUAUUCUAACUAUUACCCUAGCUUGUAAUACUGAGUGCUCAGAAGUUGCAGUAUACACUAGAGUAAGUUAUGGUGAACUUUCAACCAAACGCAUUAUUGAAUGCAUCUUUAUUUAAAUGGGAGAAACUGUUUUAGAACACAACUUCAUCUAAUACUGUUAAGCGAGUUAAUGUCAACUGUAAUGUAAAGGCUUUUACAAUGUCAAAUAUGGUGCACUUCACUUAUUACUGAGGCAAUUCUUUGGUUUGGUUUAGAGUACCUGUGAUGUGAAAAGUGUUAUGGCUUUAAUACUAAAGUGUAACAUAAAGAUAACACUACAGUACAAAUAGGUGAUGUGUAUUGAUAGGAACCAUUGAUUAUGGCUGUAAAACCUGUUCUUACCGAAAGAAGAAAACUAUUAACCUUAAUUGGUAUAUUGAAAUCCAGUGAAGGCUGGGAUUUCCCUGGAUUUCCUUGUCAAAACAAGAAUUUCCAUAUAUCUUAAUAUAUUUUUUUUUGAAAUAUUUAUCAUUGUAUUAUACUAGUAGCCAUAACAUCUCUAUUUUUGUUUAAAGUUCAUUUUAAUAUGGCUCUUGUUAUCACUAGUAUGUGUGUCAACCAUUGUUUCCCUUGAUCUAAUAAUUGUUCUAUUCUCAACACACUGUAUAAUUAAUUUCAUUUUUUGUUCCAGUAAUGUACAAAACUGCCUUUGUUCUGGUAGUGUUUUAACUUGUACAAUUUUACUAUGGUGACUUUAAAAGGUGAAUAAAUGCAACUGAGUUUUUAUUUUAAA